UAAACACCUGCCAUGGAAUCUUGAACGGUACUGUCCUAUCUAUAAAGUGCAGCAUACUUAGCGCGCUAGCCCUUACCAGAGCAAGAGAGAGAGAAAGCAGGAAUGGGAAUGGAGGAAAAGUGGGCGGGAUGGGGCUCUGCUCUGGCGAGCGCAAUGUUCCUGUGGGCAAUGUUCCGGCAGUACUUCUCCAGCAUUCUCGGUGACCGCUUGGGCGUCCACGCCAUGAAGCUCGUCUCCAUCUUCUAUCCUUACAUCGAGAUCACCUUCUUCGAGUACACUGGCCAGCGCCUCAAGCGUAGCGAGGCCUACGCCGCCGUCGAAUCUUACCUCUCCGCUUCCUCUUGCUCCAAGCACGCUCGACGUCUGAAGGCGGAUUCCGACCGCUCCGGCUCCGGCUCCGGCUCCGGCUCCACCCUCAUCCUUGCCAUGGACGACCACGAGGAGGUCAUUGACUCUUUCUCCGGCGCCAAACUGUAUUGGUCCUCUCAGAUCGCUCCUUCGAAAUCCCAUGCUAUUUCCUUCUACCCCUCUUCCCCCGACCGCCGCUUCUACCGCCUUUCUUUCCACCGCCGACACCGCGACCUCGUCGCCGAAUCUUAUCUCCGCCACGUGCUCGAUGAAGGCAAAGCCAUCGGGCUCAAAAACCGCGUGCGAAGGCUUUAUACGAACAAUACCAGUUAUGAUA